UUUCAUUGUGGAUUCCCCUGCCCGGUCAAUGUGGUCUCUUUCAUAUUAUAUUAUGCGCUAAAAACCACUCGGUAGGAACUGAAUUUGUGAUUUCAUUACUUACUAUUUCGUUAAAAAGGACUACUUUAUUUUCCCACUUGGUGAAGAUAUCCCAUACAGACUACUAUCAAAUUUUUUUUACAUAGUUGAGUAAUUUUACUGCCUGUGACUCUGUUGAGGUUGUACAGUAGAGUUGGGUCUCUACUCUCCUUUAGUAAGAGAAAGAGAAGCAGGAAAAUAUGCUUUUUCUUGUGGGCCAGUGCUGUCAAAAUUAUUGUUAUCAACAAGGGAAAUUUUUGGCCGCUGGGUCUUUGCAGGAAUUAGUAAGGGGCAAUUCAAAUACUAUCACUAUCCAAAUUUUGGUCUUCCAAGUAUGCUUGGAUUUAUGAUGGUAGUCAUUUUCAUUGUAAUUAGCCCAUAACCCUAAUUACCAUGGAAUUGGAAUCACCGUCAGUAGUUAAAAGAUAUCUGUUUUCUCACCAAAAUGGCAUUUAUUGCAUCUGUCGGUUUUAUGGAUUUCAGAUAUUUCUCAUGUUCUAACUAAAGUUGGGUCCCUUCCCUUUUCUUCAUCAAUAAGGUCAGCAGCUGUUGAUUUGGCGAAGAUUUGAUCCAUCAGAAGCAUCUCUUUCCCUUCUGGUGGAGCUGCUUUUUCACUGUGUUUGGCUAUUUUGGUUUCUCUUCUCAUUGGUCUGCUACAUCUGGCUUCUGAUACUCCAAUCUACCAGUUAAAUUGUUGAAUGCCAUAUCUUGCCGGCCCAAUAACUCACAUCACAAUUUCCCUUUCUACUUUGCUAAAAUUCUAAUUCUCUUUUGGAGAUGAUUGUUCAAGUUUUUUUGCGGGACUGUUGAGAACUUGUUCUUCAGAUUCACUUUCUGCGUAAAAGCUUGAUAUCAAAACUAUUUAGGUUAGAUGACAAUAGAUGAGUCAAGUAGCUCCAUAUGGAGUAGAGAGCAAGAUAAGGCAUUUGAGAAUGCCCUGGCAACUUACCCUGAGGAUUCUGCAGAUAGGUGGGAGAAAAUUGCGACUGAUGUUCCAGAAAAAACAUUAGAAGAGGUUAAGCAUCACUACGACCUCUUACUAGAAGAUGUUAGCCGGAUCGAGUCCGGCAGUGUUCCUUUACCUUGUUAUAACUCUUCUUCGGACAGUUCUACAAGUCAUGGUGGUGAUGAUGGAACUGGAAAGAAGACUGGGAAUUCAGGGAACUUAAAUGGUGAAUCAAAUCAUGGAGGUAAGUCUAUGAGGGCAGAUCAGGAGCGCCGCAAAGGCAUUGCUUGGACAGAGGAUGAGCAUAGCCUGGUGGACAGUUACCUGGUACCGGUACCUAUUGCCGGUGGGAGGUAUCCCGUGGAGUUAGUCGAGGUGCACGCAAGAUUGUUCCUUCUUGGUUUGGACAAAUACGGGAAAGGUGAUUGGCGAAGUAUCUCCCGAAAUUUUGUUGUGACACGUACUCCGACACAAGUGGCCAGUCAUGCUCAAAAAUAUUUUAUACGUUUAAACUCUAUGAAUAGGGACAGGAGACGGUCAAGCAUACAUGACAUCACCAGUGUCAACGCCGGAGAAGUUUCAGUGCCUCCAGGUCCAAUUACUGGCCAAGCAAAUGGUUCUUCUGCAGGAAGUUCUUCUAGCAAACCAAACAAACAACAAACGCCGGUGCGAGCUACACCCCUUGGUGUUAGCAUAUAUGGAGAAACUAGCAUUGGACAACCAAUAGGAGGGCCAUUUGUUUCCGCAGUUGGCACGCCAGUGAAUCUUCCACCACCAACACAUAUGGAAUAUGGUGUCCUGCCUCCAAUUCCUGGAGCAGUUGUUCCUGGCGCUCCAAAGAAUGUGGGUCCAUUGACGUAUCCAAUGCCACAUACGUCAAUGCAUAGGUAAUACAAUUGUUUAGUUGUGAAAUUGUACAAAGUAAGACCGUAGAGGCUUCUGCUUGUUCAGGAUUUAAUGCAAUCUUCUCACCUAGCAGUAAUAAUAUUUUGUGAUAUGGCAGAAAUUUGACUUUUAUUGUCAAAUAGGAUCAAUUUAAGUGUGUGAUGUAGAAGCACCUAGAUAUAGAGCAAAUAACCUUUUUGCUUUAACCCUGUAGGCUCUUCUCGUGAAGUGAAACACUAUUUGAGAAUUAAAAAUUAAAUGUAUUCUUUAGCA